AUGGACAGCAAUAGGCUGGAGCUUGGAGGAGGAAACGAGACGGAUAGGCUCGCACUGCUCGCCAUUAAAGCUCAAAUACACCAAGAUCCAAACAGGCCCGUGAUGAGCUCGUGGAAUGAGUCCACUCAUUUUUGCAUGUGGUAUGGUGUCACUUGUAGCCGACGACAUCUUCAGAGGGUCACUAAGCUGAACCUAACUUCCCUGAAGUUAUCCGGGUCCAUAUCUCCUCACAUAGGAAACCUGAGCUUCUUAAGGGAGUUAUGCCUCUAUGAUAAUAGCUUCACCAACAAAAUUCCUGCAGAAAUUGGGCACUUGCGGAGGUUGCAGAAAUUACGUCUAGGAAACAACUCACUAAGCGGUCCUAUUCCUGCCAAUAUCUCCAAUUGCUUCAACCUCAAAACCCUCUCUGUUUAUAACAACAAGCUGGUAGGUAACAUUCCUUCACAACUUGGUUCUUUGUCUAAGCUUGAGUAUCUUGGUUUGCAAGUUAAUAAUUUAACAGGAGAGGUACCUCCUUCCUUGGGUAACCUUUCUAAUCUUGAAGCACUUGAUUUUCAUAGGAAUAACUUGGUGGGUAAUAUUCCUAGUUCUCUAGGCCAACUGAAAAAAUUAACAUUUUUUGGAGUAGAGCACAAUAGGUUGUCUGGUACCAUCCCUCCCUCCAUCUAUAACAUAUCCAGUCUCGUUACUUUUGCCAUAUCAGACAACCAAAUUCAAGGGAGCAUUCCCCCAUCCUUGUUCAGACCCCUUUCGAAUCUCCAAUAUUUUAGCAUCUACGAAAAUAACUUUUUAGGAUCACUUCCUCUCUCAAUAAGCAAUGCCACUAAUCUGGUGGACUUCGAAGUUGAUGAGAACAAACUGACAGGACAAGUGCCAAAUUUACAAAAGCUUCGUAACCUUGUGUUCUUCAGUAUUGUUGGUAAUCAUCUUGGAAGUGACAGUGACGGGGACUUAAGUUUUUUCUCAGACUUGACCAAUGCCACGCAGUUGCAGUGGUUGGAUAUAGGAUUCAACAAAUUCGGAGGAACGUUGACCGCAUCAAUAUCUAAUCUCUCAACCGUUGAAAUUCUAUUUGUUUAUAGCAACCGUUUACACGGAAGCAUCCCUGCAGGGAUAGGGAAUAUGGUCCACUUGAACCAAUUGAAUUUGGGUGAUAACAUGUUCACAGGUAAUAUUCCCACUGACAUCGGGAAGCUUUCAGGUAUUCGGAUAUUGGAAUUUGGAAACAACAGAUUAUCCGGGAGCCUCCCAUCCUCUCUAGGAAAUCUGACAUCAUUACUUCGUCUCGAAUUGCAAGGAAAUCACUUUAAUGGCACCAUCCCUAGAAGCCUCGGGGAAUGCCGUUCAUUGCUGCUGUUGAAUCUUUCUUGUAAUGACCUUAGUGGCGACAUCCCUCCACAAGUUAUUGGCCUUUCCUCCUUAUCAAUAUAUUUGGAUUUGUCCGAGAAUCGUCUCAGUGGUUCUCUUCCCUUGGAGGUAGGAAAGUUAAAAACUCUAGGUAUAUUAAAUGUCUCUAAUAAUAUGUUAUCAGGAAAACUUCCUGGUAGCUUUGGUAGUUGUGAGAGUUUGGAAGUCCUGCUCAUGCGAGGAAACUUCUUUGACGGCCCCAUUCCUUCAGCUUUGGGCUCCUUGAAAGGGAUUCGAGAGUUAGACCUUUCCCACAACAAUCUCUCUGGUGAGAUUCCUGAGUUUCUAGCGGGGCUUGGAGGUUUGAAGCAACUUAACCUGUCUUUCAACGAAUUUUGGGGUGCACUGCCAGUUAGAGUACUAAACUACAAGGCAAAUUACAGAAGUGAAACUACCAUAACCAUUUUCAAACCUGGCAUUGAAAGUUUGAACAAGGGGCAUUCUUCCGAGGGAGAUGAGAUCAUUGACACAGUUGUUGCUACUCUUGCUGUGCCUUUUCAUACUGCUAAUUCCUGA